AUGCUGCUGUCUGAGCUUUCAGACGCCAUGAAUGACAAGGCUCUUAAUAUUAUAACAAAUUUAGAAGUAAGACGAUCAGCAGGAGUAAAUCCCAACAAUGUUUUUGUUUUUCCAAACACAAAAACCUCAAUGGGUCAUGUUGUGGGCUGGGAUUGUGUGAACAGAAUGUGCAGAGAAGCAAAACUAGAGCACAAUCUGAAUGCCACUUUAUGGCAACAGAAUAUGCGGCACUGGAUUUUGCCCCAUCUGAUCGAGAAUGAAACAUUUGUUGGCACUGUUCAUAAAGAAAAGAAUGUGAUCAUGAAGUGGAAGCUUGUCCCAGUCUUAAUUCCAAAUGAUUGUUGGAAGGUUCUUAAUAUUAUAACAAAUUUAAAAGUAAGACGAUCAGCAGGAGUAAAUCCCAACAAUGUUUUUGUUUUUCCAAACACAAAGACCUCAAUGGGUCAUGUUGUGGGCGGGGAUUGUGUGAACAGAAUGUGCAGAGAAGCAAAACUAGAGCACAAUCUGAAUGUCACUGGCAUGCGGCACUUUAUGGCAACAGAAUAUGCGGCACUGGAUUUUGCCCCAUCUGAUCGAGAGUUUUUUUUUAAGCAAAUGGGGGAUUCAGAAACGAUUAAUGAAAACAUAUGUCAGUGCCCCCAGCUUUGA